AUGGACAAAUUUCAAGCUCUUUUAAAAGCAUUAGUGCUGUAUUUGAGCCUUCUCUCGCGUUCGGUCUUUUCCGAGACUAAUACCAAGGGAGAAAUAUGUCCUCAACAUCAAGGAACAGAUCCAAACAACGUGAAUGCAAGAGUUGCGAAGUUCGCUGGCAAAGAGUAAGUAAAGUUCUUGUGUUCAUAAGCCGUAGAAAGUGAAAAUGAAGAAAUGUGAUUGCGCACAGUAUAGUGCUUUGUAAUAGAAGUUGAGCGAGACAAAAUUUUGAUUAAAAAUCAUAGCACAGGUGUUUGGCCGUGCGGAAAUGAUCAUCAAAGUCGCGAGACGCUGGAGUACGUUAAGCUUAAGUUUAUAUGAAACAAUGAAUCACUGGUUAAUUAUGACGUGUAGUAUUGUACUUUUGGUUUGCUACAUUGUGAGAGAAUUUAAAUUAUGUCCCAUUUAUCAGUUGAAUAACCAGAUUUUAAGCUGGAUCUUUGCUCAGUCUAAGGCUGGUGAUUAUGAAAUUCAUGUGGUUAAUUUGCAGUGUCACGCAACUGUAAUUCAAAGUACUUUACUGUGCAUCCUCUCAACUUCUUUUUGUUUUUUUACUCUUCUUUACUGUUACACACUGCAAGCUCAUGCUUAAUGUUCACACACUUUCUAUUCCAAAAACUACCCAGUCAAACCUAGAUGUAGCCUGCGAAGCGCAGACGCAUUUCCGGUCGUCGCUUCUCUCCCUCCGAAAAAUAGCGUCUGCGAACCCGAGCGACAAAACGAUUUCCGUGACGUAAAACAUUUUUAGCCAAUCGCGGUUUAGCUCUUAAAAUCAAGGAACUAACUCGCGAGACUUCUCGCAGGAUCGUGCGCGAUGGAUAUGUUUUCAAGUCGAAACUGAAAGGACGACGUGGCUUGUGUAUAGCCGUCCUUUUUUCUCAGAACGACGCGUUUACGAAAGUUAAUUUGCCAGGAUUGUGGGACUGAUUGACGAAAUAAGUAUCAAGAGGAUUCAUAUCGAAGAAAAGAUUAGAGGACAUUUUUCAUCUAUUUGCCUACGGAGUCAAUGAUUUAUCAGACGUAGUUGUUUUGAUCAUAUUCGAAACGAUAACUGUCCUAAUGACAGUAGACGCAUCAUGCCGUUUGUUGCUUCUGUUCCUUUCUGGUUCCUGGCAGGAAAGUAUGCCUUGGAGAACUCUUCGAUAGUUUGUCGUGUGCCGUUUUAGAUAUUUUUUAGUAGAUAUCCUUUAUCUUUGAAAGGUAGGACAUGUGGUAAUUGAUUUCCCAUGCGUGGUUGCUUCUUGGUUCAGAUAGAACUUUGAUCAGAUCGAAAGCAUUUUAUAUUUGCUCCGGUAUAUUUCUUUAAAUACAUGUUCUUUUCAAGGUUCUCAUUUCCAUAGUUUUUUGUGAGAUGAGUAGAAGCGUCGUAGCUGAAAUGUCAUUUUGACUAUGAUCUAUUUACUGCUGUAACUAUUUAUUUCACGCUGGGUCUGGCCCAGGUUUAUAAUAUUUCAGAUCAUUGUGUUGUGGCGAUACUAGAAUUAUUAACGAGCGAUUGUUAGAGAUUUCUGAAUCAGUCAAGGAUGUGUCUGUGUAAUUGAUUCACCACCUUUUGUCAGCGCUGGUUAAAUUGAAAUAAAUAAGUCUGAGCGCGAUGUCAUUAAGCUAUGUUGCUUUCCUUUCGCUGUAGCGAUUAUUUUGUCCAGGUUUUGUUUAUGUCACGUACUACCGUAUUUUAUAAAGCGAAACCAAAGGCCCACAUCACAUACAUAGCUUAAGAAGCAGUUGCUUCAUAAAGAAGUCAGCAUUCAACGUCGCAGGAAACCUUGUUAUGGUCGUGAAAUUCAUGUUCCAAAGCGUAUUUGGUAAUUCUCUCCAAAAUCCAAGACACUUCAGCACGCGAGGUCACGAGGAGUCACUCGAGCUGUAUUCUAUCCUUUGAUCUGAUUGGCCUACAUCAAAACAAAAGGUUUUACGUCACGGAAAUCGUUUUGUCGCUUGGGUUCGCAGACGCUAUUUUUCGGAGGGAGAGAAGCGACGACCAGAAAUGCGUCUGCGCUUCGCAGGCUAACCUAGAUGGAAAGAAGGUUAAAAACAUUUUAAGGUGAUAAAAGAAGUUUCAAACAUUAUAAGGUAACAGGCCAUUUCCGAGUUCCAAAAAAUCUCACUUUCUAAAAAAGGCCUAGAGCAAAACCUUUCUUGUGAAAAUGAGUUUUAUUUGCAUGAGAAUAAGCAUUCAUAUCAAUAGCUUUGCACUUAGCCUCACUCUGAAACUGAGGCUUAGGCAACUCUCAAAUGGCGUAUCCUUUAAAAAGAACGUACUCUCCAGAUUUUUUUCAAACUUGGCCUAAUUAAUAGUCAUGUAUAGGCCAUUUAAAAACUACAGUAAAAAGAUGGGGUCACCCUGCUUGUUUCUAGCCUGCGAGCAAGCUCUUCAGGGCACUCUGGCAGCGGGGCUGUAAAAAGAAGGAGAGCUUGCAACUCCAUCUCUGGAAUUUGAAUUCCACCUCCAAUUCCCCUGUGGCUACUCUUUGACUGAGCCAUCAGAUUUCCGCCAAUCAGUGCGAAGUGGAAACGAGCGCGAAUGUACACAAACAUUGAAAAACACUUGCCAAGGGUAAUGAUGUCAUUCCUAAGAUCAUCUCCACCAAUCACCAUUUCACUUUGACUUUUUUGAUGCAGAUUUUCAAAUUCCAGAGAUGUAGUUGCAAGCUUUCCUUCCUUUUCCUACCCCACUGCCAGAGUGUCCUGGAGAGCUUGCUCGCAGGCUAGCUUGUUUUUGGCCUGCAUGCCAAUUAUUCUAAGUUAUUUUUACUAAGUUUCAUCCAAAAUGUUUGAAACAUGAACAAGCUUUGAAAAUUGUUGUUUUCUUUUAUCCUCAAAAUAUAUCUUUUAUCUCCUCAAAACAAGUAAAUAACACCAAUACAAAGGGUUCACCAUACUGCUCAAGAACACACAUACCUCAACCCCAAGGUGGCUAUUGGAGAACAGUUUGAUUCUUUCUCAGUUGAUUAGUGGUGUAACAAUUAAUCGAAUUCUCAAUUAAUCGUGAUUAUGACCAUUCGAUUCGAUUCACGAUUCUUUGCUUCCAUGUUUCAAUUUUGGCUCGAUUUUUGCACACCAUUUCUAGGGUGCCCUCAGUGAGUUUUUAUGUUCUAAAAUAAGAAUCCAGAACUCUUCAAUGUGCACUUUUGAUUGACGAGCAAAGACCAUAGCAGUUUGUGUGCCAUUUUGCGUUGCCUAGUAAAAAUGCCAUCCUUCAACCUCCCCUUGAGAAUUUCCAAGUAAGGCAAACCAUGUGCGACACGCUCUUUGUCAGGUUCUCAAAUGUGGCAACGAACCAAGCGACUGUGAAUCCUCAUGUCCCUGUUGCUGUUCUCAUAUUGAGGGUUUAGGGUUGCAUGUUGUUUACAUUCCAUGUUAUUUUACGGUAUAAGGAUUAAGAAACAUUUACAUAAUCAAAUCGAAAUUGUUAAAAUCGAAAGGUAAUAAUCGAAAUCGAAUCAAAUCGCAAGGAAUAUGAACCGUUACACCCCUACAGCUGAUUAUGAUCAUUAAAAGGUGUGAUUAUCGGUCAUGGCUGGUAUACUGGACAACAGCAGUUAAGAUCGCCAGUUUUUAAUCAAAUCUAUCAUUCAGUACAGGGCUGUCAAAAAGUUUUUGAGUAGCAGGCUGAUAAUGAAUAGUAGGUGGCUUUGGAUCUUGCACCAAAGGCACAAGUUCUUGUGGCCCAAGGCAUCUAGGGACAUUUUAAAUUUUAGAGUCUCGGAAAUGGCGUUUCCAGGGGUUUUCAAGAGGUUUUUUCCACCACGGACACCAUGUUGUUUCAUCAGAAUACACGCGAGACAGGGAACAAUGCCGUCAAAUAUCCCAGGCAUUCCAUGACAUUGCUCUGGUCGAACGUUUCACAGAUCUAAACCUGUUUAAAUUUUAUUCGAAGGUGCUCAUUUUCUGUUUUUAGUUAUGGUAGAAGGAGAUGAAAGUAGCCAGCUAAGGAUAGCUAACUAGCCGGCAGUUUUGGCUGGCUAGCAGCCCUUAAUUACAGCCCUGUAGUACAGUAUAUGCUUGAUAUAACAAUUUCUAAAUAACAAAGUCUUGAGGAGAACAAACAAAAUAUUUUUCUCCCCAGUCAAAGUAUUUAUAAUGCAUUCAUGAAAAAGAACCUUGUUAUACAUGUAACAAAACCUCCUGAUGUUGAACAAAUUUUUGCCAGUCUAUUGGCUCAUCAUUAUAAUAAUAAGAAUUUAUCUGUAUCUGCUUCUGAUUAAUUUUUUAACUGAUUCAACAUACCUUUCCAUCCUUUGCAGUAUAUAUUAUGCAGAUGACGAUGACUACGAAUAUAAAAUAGAAAUCUGUCACAAUAAAAAGGAAAAUGCAGCUGUACAACAGAUGGGGAAAAAAUGGACAAAAAAGUCCUGGUUGACAAUAGGAACAUAUAAUGCAGCUCAUGUUACUGGUGGCAGUAAGUACUAUUGUUUUUCUAUGUUGAUGCUAUGACCAUUUAAACUAGAAAUACAUAUGUUGCCAAUGGCCAUCGCAAAACCCUGUGUGGCACUCAAGUUAAACCCUGCCAGGUGGGGAAAGAUACUAAAUGGGUUUGUGAGGGGUUUUUCAAGCUUUCCCCACACAGCAACCUCUUGUAAUAAUUAUUGUUUGUCAUGAGUUUAAUCUUUUGAUGGCGGAUAUGCAUUUACCUGCUCUGCGAUUUUAAGAAGAGCUUAGGGGCUCCUGGAUUUGGAUUUUAGUGGACGAGAUUCAGAUUCGCGGUAGUUUCUGUAUAUUUUUGUACAGUUUACAAUCCCCUUUUUUCUGGCCAAUUGAAGAUGGCAUUCGCUGCCAUCUUGGUUUCUUAUGGUGAGUGAAAUCUGGGGAGAGUACAAAAUGCCUCUAGGAACAGGUACUAGUACAAAGAUAGUGGCACAGGCAGACCAUCUGAACUGUUUGAAGCAAUGUAAUGUCAUGCACGAUAUGUGAUCUCAUGCAUUUACUGUAUUUUGUAACGUUAAUGCUCUCAGUGAUUGGAAGAAAUGUUUCAUAAAGCCCAGAAGUUUGCACCUUUUUUAUCCCAAAUGUUAAUAAAAUGUAUGAAAGAUGAAUAAAGAUAACUUACAUGUAACAUAUGUUUUUACUCUUGUUAGCCAAUUUGAUAUAUUUUAAAGAGGGGAUCCUUUGCUCAUAACUGUCAUUUGCAUGGAACUGUAUCCAACAUCCCUCACUCGCCCAACAAAAUUCCUGAUAACACUGUCUUUUUCUUUCCUUCUUUAUUUGUUGUUUCUAUUUUAUGUAUUGUUUAUUUUCUACUUUUUAUAUUUAUCAUUUUUUAUGAAAACUGUUUUAAUUUUUUCUAGUCUGAUAUGCUUCCUGUUCCGAGUUUUAUUGACAGCCCUGUUAGUAGCCAAAUGGGGUUUCACUGUACUUGUGUAUCCCUCUAAAAAGUUCUCACUUCUGGCAUGGCUUCUGGGUUCACCCAUGUUACACCCAUGUAGAUGAAUGAGCAGUUGAUUGGUUACUGAUCAUUUCCUGAUCACAGUUUCAAUUUCUCAUUACCACAGCUGACUGGUUAAUGAUAAAAUAUUUCAAGGGUGAACGAUACCACAGUCAUUGUAAAAAUGUAGAAAGAAUGGCAAUUGUGCUGGUGACUUGCGAUCCAGGCGAGCAAAAGGUAAGGCAACUUCCUUCAUGCACAGUGUAUCAUUCGUGAACUUAUGCAAAAGGAGGGUAGAGGAAAGAAGAUGGCAGACCCUGUGCUACAAGUGUGACAAACAAUAAUUGUUUAUUACCAUGUUUGAAUAAUUUUCUGCCAAAGUUUACCUUCCUUUAAACAUAUCUUUAUGUAAAAGAGUGGAACACAGAAUUGUGAAAUAAGAAUCAAGAGAAAACUCGCAAGUAAUAACCGUCGCAUUUGUCACACACUAAUGUUUUGCCAUCUUCAUCUUUGAGCUGUCCUGUUGCAUAAGCUCACUAUUAUAGCAAUAAAGAAGGCUACACAUUGUUGUCAGGCUAUAGCCUGUAGCAGUAUACUGUCUUAAUAUUUGCAUUUAUGACAAGAAUGGUGUCAAGAUGCUGGCAUAUUUUCCUAGUGUUUUUUUUAAAGUGUAUUUUUAUAGAAGUUGGUAUAUUGCAUUGAUGACAUCAGCCUAUAAAAAGGCAGAUAAGGGAAUGAGGUCAAUAUUCAGCCAUCUUGACCAAACAAGUUGGUUAAUAAAGGAUUUUUUAUGGCCAAACAAAAACUUUGCCUUUGGGGGCUGAAAGCUAGAAAUCCAAAGUGGGUGAGAUAGGGCCAUCUUGCACACUCAGGUAGGUAAUCAGAACACCAGAUUGUAUGAUUAUUUUAUUUUUCCCACUCAUAGUGCCAGCCUUAUACCAUAAAAUUCUGAAAAUAAGCCCCGUGGCUUAUAUUUUUCAAAGACCCUUUUGAGGGACUUAUUUUUGGAGGGGCUUAUCUACGGAGGGAAAUUUGUGUUUCAAAAUAGAUUGGGCUAGCCUUAUAGUUGGAAUUAAAUUUACUGUUUUUGCCUUGUUUCACUUUGUAUUUGAGGGCAAUUUUCAAAGUACAAGCCACUGGGGGGCUUAUAUUUGGACGGGCGAUUUAACAGAGGGUUUUUUGCGUUACCGGUUGGGGGUGCUUAUAUUUGGAAGGGCUUAUACAUGGAGGGGCUUACAAAUGUAUUUUCAGAAUUUUAUGGUAUUAAAUUUACCUACACGCAGAUGUUGAUACACCGUCUGUUAUUAUUUUCAUUGUUAUUAUUAUUAUUCUCAAUAUUAUUAUUAUUAUUGUUGUUGUUAUUUUAUUAUUAUUUUAUUAUUUUUUUGUUUUAUGUCAAGGCUACAAUUUACAUGCAGUUUUUUGCUAUGGAAAAAUGAAAUAUAUGCAUUGUGAAAGUUGUUAGCCUCAGAGAACAAGUCAUUGUCAGGGCUGUCAAUAAGGGCCGGUAGCCGGCCAAAACCACCUGCUAGUUAGUCAUCCUUAGCCCCCUACUUUCAUCUCGUUCUACCAUAACUGCUAACAAAAAGUAAGCACCAGUUUUGAAUAACAUUGAACACAUAAAAUUAUUUAAACAGAUUAGAUCUGUGGAACGUUUCACACCGUCCGAUGUCUUGGAACGCCUGGGACAUUUUGACGGCAGUGUUCCCAGUCUAGCAUUUGUUCUGACAAAACAACAUGGCAUUCGCUGUGGAAAAAACCUCUUGAAAACCCCUGGAAAUACCAUUUCUGAGACUCUGAUUUUCAAAAUGUCCCUAGAUGCCUCGGCCCCCAAGAACUUGUGCCUUUGGUGCGAGUUCCAAAGCCGCUUACUAUUCAUUAUUAGCCUGCUACUUAAAAACUUUUUGACAGCCCUGAUUGUAAGGGACAGUUUCUUCCUCUUAUGGCUUAAAUUACUAAAAUUGAAAUACACAAACCAGAAUGAAAGAAAAAAAUCAUGAUAAGAAAAUAAAAAUAUGGCUUAACCUCUCACUUCAAUGUAGUUUUGGUGUACAGUGUACAAAAGAAAUUUAUGUGCACCCAGGGCUUGGACUGGCAAUUUUUCAACCAUGGUAUAUGUUGAUCUAUUCUAAUGAUGCAUAUGUUAUUGCAUUUUGUUGAAUAAGAGUUAUUAACAUUCACUUUACAGGGGUCUGUCAAAAUUAUUGAGGAGUACAGGAACAGCACUAAAGAUAGUAAAGGCGAUUACGUCCCGUUGGAAUGUUAUUACCUAUUUGAACUUAACCAUGAUGCAGCUUGCUCAGUUAAGGACAAGGGUUUGAGUCCAGGUUCCAUUAUGUUGAUCAUGUGAGUUUUGUGCAAUUUUUCAAAAUUCUAUUCCAAGAGGCAAUUAAAUGCAUAGUGGUGUCAACAAUACUGGUGUCAAUAUAAAUAAUUGUUAUUGGUGGGUGAUUUUUGUAGGCCUUCCUUAUUUAGCCCAUGCUAUCUUGUCUGGAAAAAUUAACCCAGGAAUCGAGCCAAUCAAAAGUUUUAAAUACAGUGAAACCUCUAUUAGGCGGACAAUUUCAAUUAAGCGGACACCCUCUAUUAAGAGGACACUGAGCCAGGUCCCAAAAUUAACGUCUUAUAUUUCUCUUAAUAACGAACCCCUAUUCAGCGGACAACUCUAUUAAGCGGACACAGACACUAAAAUAAGUUGUAUUUGGCUAAUUUCUAUUGUUAAAAACCUCUACUUAGCGGACGCUGGACUGAAUUGACAAUUAUAGUAGUAUUGAAUUACGUUCUUGAAAUACAUACUGAAGUCAGUUAAUGUUUUGGAUUUACAAACAAAUUAAAGUUGGCACUGAAAGGUAAUGAACUUGAACUCUGGAUAGCUUCUUUAACAACAUGCAACUUUAUCACAGUACAGAGUAACUGUUGAAUGUUGAUCAUUAACAAACACUGCACAAUUUUUACAACCUCUAUUAAGCAGGCACCCUCUAUUAAGCGGACACUUGGGAAGGUCCCACAGGUGUCCACUUAAUAUAGGUUUCACUGUAAUAAUGAUAAUAAAAAAAAAUAAAAAUAAUGAUGAUGGUGAUGGUGAUGGUGAUGGUGAUGAUGAGCAGUAAUUUCAUAUACUAUUGAUAAACCUGUGUGUCCUCUUUUUCUAUAGACUGAUUGUUGUGGGAACAGUUUAUUUAUUGCUUGGCUUCUUGUACCAGAGAUACAUAGCUGGUGCGAAAGGUUUGGAGCAAAUUCCUAAUUAUGAUUUCUGGAGAGACUUUGGAAGUUUGCAGGCUGUAAGUUUUUUUAAAGUGUUUAUUAAUUUUUUACAACUGUGCUAAGAGAGAGUAACAAUAAAUUUACUUGGAAUCUGUCAACAGGUAGUUGAAAUGUCAAUCACUUUCACCAAUGGACCUUUUUAUAGGACAAUGCUCACCUAGAUGUUCAUGACACAACUCAUGGCCUCUAACCACUGAGAACAUACAAUGCAUGUAUGUUACGCGGGUAGUCUUUUAGAGGACGGGUAGCUUGCAAACCAAACUGAACGCAGGGUUGUCGGAACAGCAACAAGAAGAUUUAUUCCAAAAAUGAACGUAGUUUCCACGAAGUAAAACUCUACAACAGCAUGUAACUUAAUAAACUUACACGGCCUCCGCCAACUUGAAUUAACUUGAUAAACUUACACAGCCUCAGNUAAUAUAGGUUUCACUGUAAUAAUGACAAUAAAAAAAAAUAAAAAUAAUGAUGAUGGUGAUGGUGAUGGUGAUGAUGAGCAGUAAUUUCAUAUACUAUUGAUAAACCUGUGUGUCCUCUUUUUCUAUAGACUGAUUGUUGUGGGAACAGUUUAUUUAUUGCUUGGCUUCUUGUACCAGAGAUACAUAGCUGGUGCGAAAGGUUUGGAGCAAAUUCCUAAUUAUGAUUUCUGGAGAGACUUUGGAAGUUUGCAGGCUGUAAGUUUUUUUAAAGUGUUUAUUAUUUUUUUACAACUGUGCUAAGAGAGAGUAACAAUAAAUUUACUUGGAAUCUGUCAACAGGUAGUUGAAAUGUCAAUCACUUUCACCAAUGGACCUUUUUAUAGGACAAUGCUCACCUAGAUGUUCAUGACACAACUCAUGGCCUCUAACCACUGAGAACAUACAAUGCAUGUAUGUUACGCGGGUAGUCUUUUAGAGGACGGGUAGCUUGCAAACCAAACUGAACGCAGGGUUGUCGGAACAGCAACAAGAAGAUUUAUUCCAAAAAUGAACGUAGUUUCCACGAAGUAAAACUCUACAACAGCACGUAACUCAAUAAACUUACACGGCCUCCGCCAACUUGAAUUAACUUGAUAAACUUACACAGCCUCAGCCAACUUGAAUAAACACUGCCUUCGUCACACUUGACUAAACACAACUAACGUCAAACUCUCUUCGCUUGUGAAAACUAGUUAAAACUUAACUCGGACUCGCCUACUUAAAUACUUUCACAAUAACAUUCCAGAACUUUCUAAAUAGUAUAAUUAUAGAAAGAUUACUAAAAUAUACCGCUUUUAGAAUGCUUACAAUAGAUCCUAAAAUAAACAAACUAUGAACUCUUGCGAAGCUUCUAGAAAGUCACGCUAGUCACGCAAUACAAUUUUUCGUAACAACGUAUUAUCUUUUUAUUUCAAUCAAAAUUAUUUUCUUUUUUGUAGGAUGGGUGUAACUUUAUGUGCCGAUGUUCAGAGGCACGUCCAACAAGAUACAAAGUGAGUAAACAAAAAACUCGGCUACAUGUACAUGUAUCAGUAAACAAACUUUAUGUGUUGGAAUAGAAAAAGAUUUUGUAGUUGUAAUAAAUUGUGCAUCUUAAAACUUCCCCGCCUUUUUCACAAUAGCCUUUUCACAGGCUAUUUUCAGAAACGUUACUAAGCCCCGGGGCUUGUAUUUUUCAAAGGCCCUUUUUGAGGAGCUAAUUUUCGGAGGGGCUUAUAUUCGGAGGGGUUUAUCUACUGUAUGGAGGGAAAUUUGCAUUUCAAAAUCGAUUGGGCUAGCCUUAUAGUUGGAAGUAAAUUUACUGUUUUUGCUUUGUUUUACUUUGUAUUUGAGGGCAUUUUUCCAAGUACAAGCCCCCAGAGGGUUUAUAUUUGGAAGGGCGAUUUAACGGAGGGUUUUUUGUGUUACUGGUUUGGGGGGCUUAUACAAGGAAGGGCUUAUUUUCAGAAUUUUAUUGUAUUUUACUUGCUCUUCUCUCCCCAUGGAGGAUGAAGGACCACUCAGAGUCUUUGAAUCAAAAUAAGAAGUGUUAAUGUGUUAUGUAGGCGGGGGCACAAAAAUUAAUCAGAAAUCUAAAUCAAGGAAGGGAUGAAUGGGUUAACUCUUUGGGUAUGGGUGCUUUCAGUGGGGAUGAUCUGUAUUGGGGCUUAUGAUCCAAGGGAAUUCACACCAAGGUGCUUAAAAGCAAUCGCAAAAUCCCACCCUAACAAGGAUUCAUCAGUUCCUCAGUCCAUGCUAGCAGAGUCUUUAUUUCACUUGCCCAAUCUUGGCUUACUCAAGAAAGACUCAGGUGAAUCAAGUUAGAUCUUUGUUAAGCGUACCUGGAACAUUGCUGGAUAUACGUGUGGAAGAAGAAACCUUUAUUUCAGUUUUUGUUAAAGCGCAGGUGGCCCAAGCUCAGUAUGAGAGUUUAAUAAAUUAAUAUGUGUGGUUUCAUAUUGCGUAAUCCUUAAAAAUGGUGUGAAAAUAAAAGAAUUUGUAUGGGAAUUCAGGUAAAAGUUUCAAGGAGAUAAAUACUCUCAAUAAAAUACACCUGACCUUAUUUACUUUACUUGUUUUUGCUUGCUGUGUGGUUAUUUAAAGGAAAUAGCUUAAAUCGCAAUGGAUUGGGAAAAUAACCACACAAUAAGCAAAAACAAGUAUAGUAAAUAAGGUAAGGUGUAUUUUAUUGAAAAUUCUAGCAAGUAUUUAUCUUCUUGAAUCUUUUACCUGAAUAAUUCCCAUACAAAUCCUCUAUGUUCACGCCAUUUUUAAGGAUUAUGCAAUAUGAAAUCACAUGUAAUAAUUUAUUAAACUCUCAUACUGAACUUGGGUCGCCUCUGGUUCGCUUGGGCCGCCUGUUGAUCAAGUAAAAUAGUUUUGACUCCAGGCCUAAUAGCUGUGCACUUGCUACAUACGGCGGGCUCAGUUAUAACCACAAACGGAUGCCGACACUCGAAAAAAACAGUUUGACAAGAGUAGAUGUUUCACAGGGUUUGCACAGUUUUGAAAAGUCCUUGAAUUUUAGGAGAAGUCCUUGAAAAGUCGUUGAAUUCCAUUUUUCCUUGAAAAGUCCUUGAAUUUUCUUCAACUUUGAAUUUUAUAGUGGCCUGGAAGGAAUUUUUUGAUGCUGUCCAAGACAGAAUAUAAAUCAUAGCUCAGUGAAUUUAAAGGUUUAUUACGUAAAGUGCUCUAUAUUUUAUGCAAUGAUUAGCUAUCAGUUUAAGACAAGUGAACUGAAAAAUGUAGAGAAGUUGGUGAAGCAAAGGAAUGUACGUUUUUGUACAGGAAUGUGCAUUUGUGAAAUUUGUGAAAUUAUAUUCCUAGUCUACAGGUGGUCCUUGAAAAGUCCUUGAAAAAUGGUUGCAAUGUUUUGUAUGAACCCUGUUACACACUCCAAAUGCAUAAGCUGUAAACUACCUUUAUUGCAAGUACAUACAGUUGUAUGUACAACCUGCAUACUGUACCAUUAGUAGAUUACUUCAGCCACAAACACAUGGUUUGUCCUUGCUCUUCCCGGCAUUCCUUACGGUAGGUCUUUCCAGCUUCUGCUCGGCAACUUUUUAGCAACUUUUAGGAUUUUGAGCAACUUUUUUGUCAGAGAGCAACUUCUAGCAACUUUUCGGAAAACUUGCACUUUUUUGGUAACUUUUGGACUAUUUUGAACCAAAAUGCUGAGUAACCCCCCUUUUUUAAAUAAACAAGUUAAAAUUCACUUGGUUAAAUUUCUAAACACCUUUCUACUAAAACUUUUUUUUUGUAAUUUUUUAAAUUUUUUUAAAUUUUUUUUUAUUAAAAAAAAUUCGUUGCCCCGGGCGAGCAUGGUUUCUCCUUCUUCCAAGUGAAAAUGUUCACUGGAAGUGUAAGUGUGCUGCUCACUAGUACAUCAUUAAAAAUUAAAAAUUAAAAAAUAAAAAUAAAAUAAAAUUAGACAUGCUGUCUUAAAAAUAUUCGAGCAACUUUACAAAAUUUUUGAGCAACUUUUUUAAUUUUGAGCAGCUUUUCAGCAACUUUUUGGCUUAUUUCUGAGCUACUUUUUAGCUUUUUUGGACCAGAAUCUGGAAAGGCCUACCUUGCGGUAUAGACAUACUCGCGUCAUGCAUCACUCCACUCACACGCGUGUCACCCACUCUAUAUAGACAAGAUUGACUAGUCCCGAAGUUCGGGCUGCGGCGACCUCAAAGGUUUGACGUGGUUCAGGCAAAGCCUCUUUCUCUCCUCCUCACUCAAGAAAACAAAAGGAAGCUCGCAGGCUGUCGGUUCCUUUGAUGCACCAUGAUCUGUUUGACCUUGGAUCUUAAAUCUUGAUCUGGAUCAUCCUGAGGAAAUGUAUAGCCCUAUGGUUUGUUUCGCAUCACAGUGGCUGAUAACUUAUAAACAUGUUUCUCUUUCUUUCAUGUUAGACAAUGGACGAUGCUUUAGCUGAUGAUGACAGAGAUGAUACCUUGCUGCCUAUGUAG